AACUUUUUAUUGUGGUUUGUCCGUUCGGAGCGCUCCGCAGAACAGUCCUCCCUGUAAGAGCCUAACCAUUGCCAGCGAAACCUGCGCUGGGCGCUCCCUUCAUUACUAGUAUUUUUUUUUUUAAUUAAUCUGAUUAAUAAUUAUUUUCUCCCCCCCCCCAUUUAAUUUUUUUCCUCCCAGGUGGAGUUGCCGGAAGCCGGGGGCAUCUAGGGAGGAUGGGGGUGGAGGGGAGAGGCAGGAGUUGAGGGCACCUCUCUCUCCCUUCCCGACCCCCUAGCCCCCCAAGGGGCAGGAGGAUUGCGGGAACAGGAGUUGAGAUAGGGAGCUGAAAUGCCUCCGCCCCUCCCUUCUCUCAGGCUCUCCCUCCUCCUGCCCUCUUCUUGCAACUCUCCUUAAUUUUCUUUGGCUUUUUGAUGACUGGGACGAUCCUUUUUUUCAUUUUUAAAUUUAUAUAAAGUAUGUGUGUGUGUGGAGCUGAGACAGGCUCGGCAGCGGCACAGAAUGAGGGAAGACGAGAAAGAGAGAGUGGGCGAGAGAGAGAGAGAGGCAGAGAGAGAGGGAGAGGGAGAAUGACAGCAGCGCCCGCGGGGGCUCAACCCCCAGACCUCCAGGCAUGACGUCAGAAUCAUUUGCAUCCCGCUGCCUCUACCUGUCCGGUCCAGCUGGGUCCCUGCCUCGCCGGCCCCAAGGCCAGAGGGUUGGAAAUUAAUGAUCAUGAGCUCGUAUUUGAUGGACUCUAACUACAUCGAUCCGAAAUUUCCUCCAUGCGAAGAAUAUUCGCAAAAUAGCUACAUCCCUGAACACAGUCCGGAAUAUUACGGCCGGACCAGGGAAUCGGGAUUCCAGCAUCACCACCAGGAGCUGUACCCACCACCGCCUCCGCGCCCUAGCUACCCUGAGCGCCAGUAUAGCUGCACCAGUCUCCAGGGGCCGGGCAAUUCGCGAGGCCACGGGCCGGCCCAGGCGGGCCACCACCACCCUGAGAAAUCGCAGCCGCUCUGCGAGCCGGCGCCUCUCUCAGGCGCCUCCGCCUCCCCGUCCCCAGCCCCGCCAGCCUGCAGCCAGCCAGCCCCCGACCAUCCCUCCAGCGCCGCCAGCAAGCAACCCAUAGUCUACCCAUGGAUGAAAAAAAUCCACGUUAGCACGGUGAACCCCAAUUAUAACGGAGGGGAGCCCAAGCGCUCGAGGACAGCCUACACCCGGCAGCAAGUCCUGGAAUUAGAGAAAGAGUUUCAUUACAACCGCUACCUGACCCGAAGGAGAAGGAUCGAGAUCGCCCACUCGCUGUGCCUCUCUGAGAGGCAGAUCAAAAUCUGGUUCCAAAACCGUCGCAUGAAAUGGAAGAAGGACCACCGACUCCCCAACACCAAAGUCAGGUCAGCGCCCCCGGCCGGCGCUGCGCCCAGCACCCUCUCUGCAGCCACCUCGGGCACUUCUGAAGACCACUCCCAGAGCGCCACGCCGCCGGAGCAGCAACGGGCAGAGGACAUUACCAGGUUAUAAAACAUAACUCACACCCCUGCCCCCACCCUGGGCCCCGACCCUACCCUCACACACAAAUUGACUCUUAUUUAUAGAAUUUAAUAUAUAUAUAUUUUUGGGUUCUUUUCUCUCCCUCCCUUCCACCUUGUAACUUGUCAAUUCCAAACAGACAAAACAGAUAAACGAACAAGCCCCCUGCCCUUCCUUCCCUUCCACUGUUAAGGACCCUUUUAAGCAUGUGAUGUUGUCUUAGCAUGGUACCUGCUGGGCUUUUUUUUUUUUUUUUUUUUAAGGCCAUUUUGGGGGGUUAUUUAUUUUUUAAGGAAAAAAAAAGCUGCAAAAAUUAUAUAUUGCAAGGUGCGAUGGUCUGGUUUGGGUGAAUUUCAGGGGAAAUGAGGAAAAGAAAAAAGGAAAGAGAGAGGUUUUUAAGCCAAUUCUCAUCCUUCUUCUCUUCCUCCUCCUCCUCCUUCCCCCCUCUUUCCUUAGGCCUUUUGCAUUGAAAAUGCACCAGAGGAGGUUAGUGAGGGGGAAGUCAUUUUAAGGAGAACAAAGCUAUGAAGUUCUUUUGUAUCAUUGUUGGGGGGGGGAGGAGAGGGGGGAAGACAACAGACAAAGCUAAAUGCAUCUGGAGAGCCUCUCAGGAGCUGUUCAGUUUGAGGAGCCAAAAGAAAAUAAAAAUGAACUUUCAGUUCAGAGAGGCAGUCUAUGGGUAGAGUUCUUCCCCACCCCCACCCCAUCGUGGUUAUUGUGUUUUUGGACUGAAUUUACUUGAUUAUUGUAAAACUUGCAAUAAAGAAUUUUAGUGUUGAUGUGAAAUGCCCCGUGAUCAAUAAUAAACCAGUGGAUGUGAAUUAGUUUUA